UUUAAACCCUAUUUCAAUUAUAUUUCUGAGAACACAUAUAUUGAUGACGUGAAGCACAUUCACAUCCGGAAGAUUAUUUAUGUAAAAAUGGCACCCAGAGCACUGACAAUUUGUUGUGAUAUUGUACGAUGGUUUCCCGUUGUGUUCAUUUCAGCCAUAAUUGUAUGGUCUUACUACGCAUAUGUUGUUCAAAUGUGUAUAUUCACUGUGCCUAACAUAGCAGAAAAAGUUCUGUAUCUGUUGAUAUACCAUCCAAUACUUGCCCUAUUUAUAUGGGCAUAUGGGAAAACUAUUUUUACUCCUGUUGGAGCAGUUCCUCGACAGUUCUAUCUGUCAAAAUCAGAUGCAGAUAAAAUGUCUAGGGAGACAGAGGAGGGUCAAAAAGCCAUUUUAAUCAAUGCUGCCAAAGAAUUGCCAGUACUGAAUAGGACACAUUCAGGCAGUCCCAGAUACUGUGAAAAGUGUGCCUGUAUAAAGCCAGAUAGAUGUCACCACUGCUCUGUUUGUGGCCAAUGUGUGCUAAAGAUGGACCAUCAUUGCCCAUGGGUCAAUAAUUGUGUGGGGUUCUCCAACUAUAAGUUUUUUGUGCUAUUUCUUGGAUAUGGAUUGCUGUAUUGUUUCUACAUAUCUAUAACUAGUUUACAAUAUUUCAUAUCAUUCUGGAAGAGUGGAAUAUCCAAAGACAUGAGUCAUUUCCAUGUACUAUUUUUAUUCUUUGUUGCUGUGAUGUUUGGAAUAAGUCUUAUAUCACUGUUUGGCUACCACUGUUAUUUAACAACUAGAAAUAGAUCUACAUUAGAAUCUUUCAGAGCUCCCAUAUUUCAAAGUGGACCAGAUAAAAAUGGAUUUAGUUUAGGAAAGUUUAACAACUUCACAGAGGUGUUUGGGGUGGAUAGAAAAUUAUGGUUUUUACCAGUAUUUACAAGUGAAAGUGAUGGGGUGUCCUUUCCCACUCGAAACAAUCUCCAGGCUAACAGUAACAAUUCAUACCAAACUAUGGGGGAAACACCCGCUCCCAGUGCCGGUGAUGGCAUAUCAUAUCCCACCAGGACAAUAGAUCUUGACUCAGAUGGUCUCCUGGCUGACCGACAGAGGUGGAUGGAGGAGGGAGAAUCAGAUGGGGGAGAGAGACCAAAGCUUUAUGGUACACAUGAAAAUGGUGGAUUUAACCUGGCCUAACCAAACUGACACAUCAGCAAGAAUAAUGAAGAACUCUGCAGUAUAUUGAGGAAGAAAAUGACAGAAUAUCCAAAAUCUCUAGACCCCUAAAUAAGAAACAGACGUCACUACGUAAUAUAGCAAUAAAUAUUUUACUUGUCUGUUACCUGUACAUUGCAUCAUAUAUUGAUGAUUGAUUCUCUCUACUCAGUCUGCUCAAGUACAUAAUGUAAUUAGAGAUUUCCAUUUAUCACAGAAUUGAAUUUCUGUAGAACAAGGGUGACUGUAGGUGGUGAUUGCUUAAAUUCUUUAGGUGGAAACAAUGUUUUUAUUUGGAAUGAAUGUCUAUAUUGUUUGUGUCAUUGAAGUGUACAAAUAAUGGAAGCAGGAGGUUAUUUGUAUAAUUGGCAAAUCUGAUUUUGCAGAAAUUACAUCACUCUACCAUUGUUUUUAUAUCCCUCAUAAUUCAAACAAGCUAGAUUUCUAAAUUCCUUAUCUUUAUAAAUGUAUUAUAAUGAAGUUUUUAUAUCUGACUGUAAAGUCAGUGCUUCUAUUGAGAAAUAAAAACAUACAUACAUGUGUAUGUAGAUACAGCAUAUGUCUUUAACUCAGAAACAUUGGUAAAUGUAAAUGUCUUAACUUUCUGAUGAUUUUCACAGGAUAGUGGCCAUGUUUAUGUUAUGAAUUAAUGUGCAUUUGUUAUUAUUUAUUUAUAUGCGGUUGUUAAAAAAACACCACAAGUUAUACUUGUAUGUAAAUAUCCUUGAUCAAUUUUAUUACAGAUACUCAAAUUACUAAUAAUGUACAUCACGGUCUACUUAAUUAAUUCACUACAUCUUUACAUGUACUUUAGAAAAUUUGCUGAUAAACUGCAUUGUAAACUGUGUGCAUUAUAAAUGUAAUGCGUGUUUUUCCUCUAAUAUUCUGUUUCAUAUAUAUGGUACAUGUAGGGAGUAUGAUUUUAUGCAGAUUGUAAAAUGUGUAUUUAAUCCUCAGAAGUCUCUUUUCGUUUGCUGUUUCAAACAUUGUGUACUUUCUUAAGACGAACUGCUGUGGUUAUAUGUCCCUAAUUUAUGGUCAAAAAUGUGUUUCUGGUAGAUUUCUUGUACAACUCAUGCUGCAUUUUGUUGUUGUGAACACGAUUAUCUGUUAUUGAGAUUGAUCCCUGUCACUGUUUCUAUAAUUUGGGUUUUUGUUUAAUUAUCAAACAAUCAUGAAACACUGUGGACUUUUGUAUGAUGAAUUGAACAAAAAAGCAACACAUGGACCAAAUCAACCAAGAGCACCAUAGUCUGUUGAGUAGCAUGUAACUUUCUUUUAAAGGUGUGUACAAACGUUUCAAUUUUCAAAAUGUGAAAAACAUUUGCAUUUGUAUUCAACUUUACAAACAUGUUUAUAUCUAAUGUGCAUCAAGAAAAUAUGCACACUUUUUCUCUUUAUAGUAAAUAGUUCCCAUUUAUACAUUGUACAAAAAUGUAAGUUGAACCUUCUCUUGGAGUUGUAUAGAAUUGAGUGUUCCCAAUUUGUAUGGGGAACAAAACAACAGGGUUUGCUGAUUCCGAUCAUGCUGUAACAAUUAUUUCCAAUAGAAUUUGUUUUAUUGACAAUAUUUGUUUUGACCAAUAAAAGUUUAACAGCCA